CACAUAAUAAUCCCAAUUCCCAAUCACGCUCGUGCGCUUCCGAUGCUUGCCGUAAUCGGGUCAGGAUUUGAAACGGCGGUGGGCAAGAUUAGGGAAAUCAAUCAAGAAACUUGUCCGUCCGUCCGUGCGUCCGUCGGGAAACCAAUCAAAUCGGAGCCGCCCGCCGCCGCCGCCGCCUGUGGUGGGAAGACGAAAGGAAGACGCAUAAUAAUCUCUUCGUCGGUGUCGGAGAGAGAAGGAAGGAUCAGGUUGCUUUCAUUUCUCUUUUCUUUUGGGAGAAUUCCCCUCGUGUCGUCUAUCCGUCCGUCGUGCGCGCGGGAUCCGUGAUUGGUCCGGGUUGGCGAACCUGCGGGGGUUUCUCUCUUCCUUCUUGAUCUCUACCCGAUCGCCACAAGGCGGUCUCCAUCCCCCGCACGUCGGCCUGCAGGCCGUAGCUUCUGCUCCUCCUUCGGUUGUGAGGGAGUGAGGAGCAAGGGUCGGUCGGUAGGUGGUCUCGUCUAUUCUCCUCCUCUCGUCGCCGCCGCCCUCUCCUCCGCAGCGUCACUCGUGAACCCUUAUCGUCCUCUUCCCCAGGUGGGUCUGCUUUCCUCGCACCUCUUCCUGGGUUUCGGUUUCGCUCCUCGAUCGGGAACAGCCAGAAUCUGGUUGCUAGGGUUUGGGCCCUUCCAGGUUAUUUAAUUUUGAUCUACUUCCUAUUGUCCUGCACUUGCUGUCCCUCAAAUACAAUCGCUUUGAUAUCCAACUCUACGACAUCUGGGGCCUUGCUGGAUAGGUGACCAUCACCUUCAAGCCCUUAUCCUCGGGCCUUAAUUCCGUCCCGUUUCGGAGCCAUUCUUCGGUCUGUUGAAUUGAAGGUUUUUGAUGAUUGUAAUCGCCCUGAAAACAGCAUCUGAUUGAUCAAUUGCCAUAGGCAGCAAGUGGACUCAAAAUAGUUGGAACAGUAGGAGGAGGACAAGAAGAAGUAAAAGUAUCCUAAGAUUGGCGCUGGAUUCUUGAAAUUUGGACUCUCAAGUCAGAAUUCUUGACACAUGUCCUCUGUAUAUUCGAGCCACGGGGGGAGAUGAUGAAUGCGCAUUCACAUAUUUCGGGACAGAUGACAAAUCAAGCAAGCCCACAAUUGUCUGGUCUAUCCCAGCACAAUGGAAACCCUUUACAUUCCCAGAUGCAGAAUCUAGGAUCUCCCAGCAUGGAUCCCGAACUUCUUGCAGGACGCAGAGCUAUGCGUGAGAAGAUGAGAAUGGAUUCUCAUGAAACUUAGAAGAUGAGCCAAGAUGUCAUAUAUUUUCACUAGAAGAUUAAGCUCAUAUAUUUUCUAGAAUGGUCCUCCAAAUUUCUCCUAGAGUUGGAAACACUCCAGACAAAUAACAAAGAGGUCAAGCUACAACUACCUCAAAAGAAGAAAUCGUCACUCUUCUGAUGAUUGGCUGCGUAGAUUACCAGAACUUGCAAGGCGGUUGGAGGAGCGCAUAUUCAAGGAUGCUGCGAGAAAGGCAAUGUCCUUAUAUGUCAUCAGGAAGAUUAUAUGAGUGUGGUGAUGGAGCCGGUUGAGCACCGUUUGCAAUUGAUAAUGAAGAGUUUACCAAACCACAGCCGAUCUUUGCCUCAUAAUAUUACAUGUUCCUCCUCUCUCAGUACAAUGAUUCCGACACCUGGUAUAUCCCAUAAUGGCAGCACAAGUUCUGUAGCUUCUUGUUCAACAGAAAAGUCUGCUACUGCAGCCAGUGGUCCUGGUAUGGGGAUUCAAACCACGGCCAACAAGGGUAACUUAUUACCAACUGGAAACAACUUAACUGAUGUUGGACACAGUGUCUCCUUCAAUGCAUCCAAUGGACCACUAUCUAAUGGGUACCAGCACCAACCUGCCAAUGGUGCUCUUGGUUCUGGUGGGAGUAACAUAUCAAUAGCUUCAAUGGGUACCCCACGACAACUGAGUCAAAUGAUUCCAACUCCUGGAUUUAAUAGUUCACAGGCGGUGCCGAUGAACUCUGGAUGCUCCAGUGGAGUUGGGUUUUCCAGUACGGGGUCCACUGUGGCUCCACAGUCACAGCAACCAAGUCAAUAUGUUGGAAGUCAAAACAGCCAUAUAUUGCAUUCCCUUGGAGACCAAAUUGGUGCUGGAAUGAGGUCUAAUCUGCAGCAGAAGCCUUCAGCAUAUGGGUUUACUAAUGGACUUAUAAGCGGUGGUCUAGGGUUAAUUGGGAGUAACAUGCAGCUGGUGAAUGGGCCUGCAGCAUCAGAGGGGUUUCUUAGUAUGGCUCGUGGUGGUAGCUCUCCAAAACCUGUACCACAGUACUUUGAGCAGCAACAUCUCCAGCAAAGAAUCCCAACAUCAUUGUCCCAGCAGAUAUUACCGAUGGUAGGGGAUGGUUAUUCAAUGAAGGGAACUGGUGUAGCUGGGAGCAUUCAUGGAGCUGGUUCAUCUGCUUUAUCUGCCAAAAAUAACUUGAGUAUGAAUACUGCUGGCUUGAACUCGAAGUCAAGAGUAAACUCGGCCUCGCUAAGCCAUCGUGCAAAUCUGCAGUCAAUGCAACAGCCUCCACAUAUAAGAACUCAUAUAUUUGAUCAUUCACAAAAGGGGAACUUCCAGUCAAACCAGUCCACACAUGAAAAUUUACUACAAUCACAACAACAGAUGCAGCGAUCUCAGCAACAGCCUAAUCAGCCCUGUGUACAGUUUGCUCAAAAUCAGCAUCAGCUACAACAGCAUCAAGAAAGCCAGCGGCACCAACAGCUUAUGCUAAAGAAUGAUACCUUGAGGCAGUCUUCAGUGACUCCCAAUCUAAGUGAGCAGCUAAUGACCAAUACAGUGGCAUCUCAUAAUGAAUCAGUACUUCCACAGGGAACUGAACAGGUUCACCUUCCAGAAUUACAGGGUCAAAACCUGCAAAAUACUUCUGUGGAUGAUCAUGCCAAAAGUGUUCAAUUGCUUGGUCAUUUAUCUGCCUCUCAGGGUCUUCAUGCUUCAUUUUCACAGGGUUCACAGCAGUUGUUGCAUCCACACAAGCCGGAUCAUGAGUUUCAAAAGGAGACUAGUUGCCUCUCCAGUGGAUCACAACCAAUGGGACUUUUACAAGUUCAUUGUCAAAGCCACAUGCCAGAUAAGUCUUCACCUGAAAAGCACAUCCAGGAGGAACUACUUCAUCUGAGAUCAGUGGGAGAAGAUCAAGCUCAACAACCUCAUACUUCAUUAGAAGGGUGUAUCACCAGUUCUGCUGCUACAACUGUAAGUGCUGCAGUGCCUCAAUUUCCAAGGGGAGUCACCUAUGGACCUUUAAAUUCUACACAAAAACGAAAUUAUCUCAACCAGCAGAGGUGGCUAUUGUUUUUGUACCAUGCUCGUUGGUGUUCUGCUCCGCAGGGAAAAUGUCAAGAACCUAACUGCAUAAAAGCUCAAGAUUUAGUUAGGCAUAUGGAUAGGUGUGAUAGAAAAGAAUGUCCAUAUCCUCGUUGCUCAGCUUCUAAGAGACUUGCUAAUCAUUUUCGUACUUGUGAAGCAACAGAUUGUCCUGUCUGCAUUCCUGUACGUGAAUAUAUAGCAUCAAAUCGAAAGGCACGUGCUUAUUCUGUAUCUGAUCCUGGUUUGGUGAGUCAGGCUAAUGGCUCAUGGAUAAGUAUCAAUAUAGCUGAUUCUAAUGGAAUGAAGAGAGACACAAUAGCUGUUGAAACUUUUGAUGAUCAGCAGUCUUUGCCAAAACGCAUGAGAGUGCAACAUAUAUCUCCUUCUGUCAUGCCUAAGAGUGAAAAUUUUCUAGUUUCUGUUCCUCCAAACCAACCCCAUGCCUUGCAAGAGGAACCGUCAUGGGGGUGCAAAGAGACUGAGGUAGCCAUGUCUACUAAGUCUGAGGUCAUCGAAGUGAAAAUUGAUACAUUCAUGCCCUCAGGCCAUGAAGAUUCAUCUACCUUGGGCAAUGGUAUUGAUGGGAAUUCGUGUAUUUUGGGACCUGAUAUAGAUCGUGGUGUUUCAAAUGAUGUUGAUGGUCAUGUCAAGCAAGAAACUUUGGUGUUUGAAAAAGGGGUUGACCAGGAUAAGACUGUUAAGCAGGAAACAGAUGAUCCAGAAACAGAUCCAACGGUUGGAAGUAAAUCAGGAAAGCCAAAGAUAAAAGGUGUUUCAUUAACUGAACUGUUCACCCCAGAACAAAUUAGGGAGCAUAUUGUUGGUCUGAGGCAAUGGGUUGGUCAGAGUAAGGCCAAGGCGGAAAAGAAUCAAGCAAUGGAACAUUCAAUGAGUGAGAACUCAUGCCAGCUGUGUGCAGUGGAAAAGCUUACAUUUGAGCCCCCUCCAAUAUAUUGUACACCGUGUGGUGCUCGCAUAAAGCGGAAUGCAAUGUAUUAUACCAUUGGAAGUGGUGAAACCCGACAUUACUUCUGUAUACCAUGCUAUAAUGAGGCUCGUGGUGAAACUAUUGAAGUGGAUGGUUCACAAUUCCAGAAGGCAAAGCUUGAGAAGAAGAGAAAUGAUGAGGAAACUGAAGAAUGGUGGGUUCAGUGUGAUAAAUGUGAAGCUUGGCAACAUCAGAUAUGUGCUCUCUUUAAUGGCCGAAGAAAUGAUGGGGGACAGGCAGAAUACACUUGUCCUAAUUGCUACAUAGUGGAGAUUGAAAGAGGUGAGCGCAAGCCCCUACCCCAGAGUGCUGUUCUUGGUGCCAAAGAUCUGCCAAGAACUAUACUUAGUGAUCACAUAGAACAAAGGCUUUUUAGGCGCCUGAAGCAAGAGAGGCAAGAGAGAGCACGGCAUCUUGGAAAAAAUGUUGAUGAGGUUCCAGGGGCAGAAGGACUUGUGGUUAGAGUUGUAUCAUCAGUUGACAAAAAAUUGGAAGUGAAGCAGCGAUUUUUGGAAAUAUUCCAGGAGGAGAAUUAUCCAACAGAAUUUCCAUAUAAAUCUAAGGCUAUAUUGUUGUUUCAGAAGAUAGAAGGUGUAGAAGUAUGCCUUUUUGGCAUGUAUGUUCAAGAAUUUGGUUCAGAAUGCCCUUUCCCAAACCAGCGGCGUGUUUAUCUUUCAUAUCUGGACUCUGUCAAAUACUUCAGGCCUGAGAUAAAAGCAGUGACUGGGGAAGCUCUGCGCACUUUUGUUUAUCAUGAAAUUCUGAUAGGAUAUCUUGAAUACUGCAAGAAACGGGGCUUCACUAGCUGCUAUAUCUGGGCUUGUCCUCCUUUGAAGGGUGAAGACUAUAUCUUAUAUUGCCAUCCUGAGAUCCAGAAGACCCCAAAAUCUGACAAACUUCGGGAGUGGUAUUUAUCUAUGCUUCGGAAAGCUGCAAAGGAAAAUAUUGUUGUUGAUCUCACUAAUCUAUAUGAUCAUUUUUUUGUAACAACGGGGGAAUGCAAGGCUAAGGUAACUGCAGCUCGUUUGCCAUAUUUUGAUGGAGACUAUUGGCCGGGUGCAGCAGAGGAUAUGAUAAAUCAACUUCGCCUAGAAGAAGAUGAUAGGAAACAACAGAAGAAAGGAAAAAUUAAGAAGAAUAUUACAAAAAGGGCUUUGAAAGCUGCUGGUCAGGCUGAUCUCACUGGCAAUGCUUCUAAGGAUGCUUUGUUAAUGCAAAAACUUGGUGAAACCAUUUGUCCUAUGAAGGAAGAUUUUAUCAUGGUCCACUUGCAGCAUGCUUGCACUCAUUGCUGUCUACUUAUGGCAUCUGGGACACGUUGGGUUUGCAGCCAGUGCAAAAAUUUCCAACUUUGCGAUAAGUGUCAUGAUGCAGAACGAAGACUUGAGGAGAAGGACAUGCAUCCAAUUAAUAGUAGGGAGAAGCAUGUGCUCUGUCCGGUUGAAGUUAAUGAUGUUGCCCCAGAUACCAAGGACAAAGAUGAGAUCCUAGAAAGUGAAUUUUUUGACACUAGGCAGGCAUUCCUAAGCCUUUGUCAAGGAAACCAUUAUCAAUAUGACACUCUACGCCGUGCCAAGCACUCCUCUAUGAUGGUCUUAUAUCACCUUCAUAAUCCGACUGCACCUGCCUUUGUGACCACAUGCAACAUCUGCCAUCAUGACAUUGAAGCUGGUCAGGGCUGGCAUUGCGAAGUUUGUUCUGAUUUUGAUGUAUGCAAUACUUGUUAUCAGAAAGAAGGUGGCGUUGAUCAUCCCCAUAAGUUAACAAAUCAUCCGUCCAUGGCAGAUCAAAAUGCUCAAAAUAAAGAAGCUCGACAGCAACGGGUUUUGCAGCUUAGGAAAAUGCUAGAUCUUUUGGUGCAUGCUUCACAAUGUCGCUUUCCACACUGUCAGUAUCCUAAUUGCCGUAAAGUAAAGGGACUUUUCCGUCAUGGUAUACACUGCAAGACACGUGCCUCAGGAGGCUGUGUUCUAUGCAAGAAAAUGUGGUAUCUCCUUCAACUCCAUGCUCGAGCUUGUAAGGAAUCAGAAUGUAGCGUACCACGCUGCCGAGAUUUGAAAGAACAUUUGAGAAGGUUGCAGCAACAGUCUGAUUCAAGGCGGAGGGCUGCAGUGAUGGAGAUGAUGAGGCAACGAGCUGCUGAAGUUGCUGGGAACAAUGGAUAACCUACUGUAUAGAUGGGUUUCUCUAGGUAAAAGGUUGGGUUGAGCCCACAGCCUCCUCACCUCAAACAUCUGACUUGUUUGGACAAGCAGCUCAUAGGAAGCUAGCAGAGCUAUGAAUUAAUGGAAAGGUAUGACCAACUUACAUCACGGAAAUUUCUUCUUCCACCUGCCUUUGGUCCAAAGAUGGAGUUGGUGACUGGACAUUGUUCUUCGAAGCUAACCAUAUUGAAGUCAACAUUUUAAGGUUUUUGGUCAGUCUCAACCCAUCGGGGGUAAUUCUUUAAUUGGUACUACGUGAAUCCCAUCAUCCAUGGGUGAUGGUUUAUACAGAUGUCCAAAUGUGUCAAUUCUCAGUGAGAAAUCAGGGUUUUUUUUCUUUUCGUCCCUCUUUUAUUUAUGUCAGUUGGAGCGAGGGAGAAUGGGGAAGGACAGCCCGUGCAAAUGUUACUCCUGCCCCAUUGUAGAAUGUAUGUCUAUUUAAAUAUGAAAAAAAUAAUUAGAAUGUCUGUUUCAGCAGUAUUCUUAUGACCACCGAGUGACCUUUUACUAUCCUUUUUUUGGUUUUUCUUGAUGUUUCUAGACUUGAUUAUUUUCAAGACCAGCAAAUUGUAGUA